UUGUAGGGAAUCGAGAUCAAUAAGGCAAGGCGUUUGAGUUGGUCAGAGGAAAUUGGACCUUUUUUCUGUCGCUUUUGCCUCUGAGCCGCUGAGGUUCGACGUCUCAGGGGUGUGGGCUGAGUCAGUCACAAAACUACGCGUUCCCUUACAAUGCCUCCGACGAAUUAGCUUCUUCUGCGUCUUCUUCACUUCCUUCUCUGUUUGCUUCGUCCCCUUCUUCGCCUUUGUCAUCUCUCUCUCUCUCUCUAUCUGUCGAUCCAUUGAGGACGGAAAAGGCAAGGAAAAAUGCCUGCCACCGAAUAUCAAGGCUCUUUUCUGGGCCGAAUAAGUAUCCGUCGGAAUCAAGUCAUGGCGAUGGAAGGCACCCAUGACCAAGAAGUAGAAGACCUCGAGCUUUUCCAGAAACAUGUCAGUGACCGAUUCGCCGAUCUUUUCUCGCCGUCAUCCGAAGAUUCCACAGGCGAUGCCCUGCUUUCCAUCGGCUGGCUUCGGAAGCUUCUUGACACGUUUCUCUGUUGCGAGGCGGAAUUCAAGGCCGUUGUCAUUAUGGGCCGUGACCCUGCUCAUAUCUCCAAGCCUCCUCUCGACCGUCUCGUCCCCGAGCUCCUCGAACGGGUUGUCAAAGCUCUCGAUAUUUGUAAUGCGCUCUGUCUCGGUGUGGAGUCCGUGCGGAACGUUCAGAAACUCGCUGAGAUAGCCGUCUCUGCUCUGGAACAGAGGCCAAUUGGUGAUGGCCAGGCUCGACGCGCCAAGAAGGCAUUACACUCCCUGAUCACGGCGAUGACGGCGGAGGAUAAGGACGGCACCGCCAAGUCGACCGAGAGAGCCUGGUCUUUUGGAAGGAGAGGUGCUAGCAGCGCCCCGGCGAACAAGGAGCGUGUCUCGGGGCAAUUCCGAGCGCUGUCGUGCAGCAUGGCGAAGAAUUGGUCUGCCGCCAAACAAAUCCACUCCAUGUCGUCCAAUCUGGUGGCCCCGCGAGGCGCGGAAUCUUCUGGUUUAGCCUCUCCUAUCUAUGUAAUGAGCACGAUAUUUGUGUUUGUGAUGUGGACUCUGGUCGCGGCUAUCCCGUGUCAAGAGAGAACCGGGUUGGGGACUCAUUUUCCAGUGCCGAAGCAAUUGGGUUGGGCUCAACUCAUGAUAGGGUUGCAGGAGAAGAUAGCAGAAGAGUGGAAGAAGAAGGAGAAGAAAGGGUCGGCGGGACUAUUGGAGGAGAUGCAGAGGCUCGAGAAGAUAGCCCAAUCCUUGAUUGAUUUCACCGACUCGUUCCAGUUUCCGGUGGAGGCAGAGCGCCUAGAGGAGGUGAAUUCGCAGGUGGAAGAGUUGGCAGAUAUUUGUAGAAAGAUGGAAGAAGGUUUGGUACCUCUACAGCAGCAAAUCAGAGAGGUUUUUCAUAGGGUUGUGAGGAGCAGAUCAGAGUUUCUUGAUGUCUUAGACCAAGCUGGGAAGUUAUCUGCGCCCACUCUGUAAAGAUCAAAGGCAGCUCCUCCUCCUCCUCCUUUACUGUUCACUCUCCGCAGCUUCGGAAGGGUUCCUAACCAUAACCUUGAAGGUUUAGGGUUGGUUUCAAAGUUAAGAGGCUACCAGUUAUAACUUGCCAAUGGGUAUAACUACAUCCUCGUUAAUUAAUUGGCCUUUACCUAUGUAAGUAGUCAUAGGAACUCUUCAAAAAAAAUUUGGUAUUUUUAUUUGGGUGAAGAAAGCAUUACAUCGUUGCACCCACCGAGUUGUGGGACGGGUAACGUUGUCGCCUAUUCUGAUAUGCACUCUUGUUUCUUUAAUCUGGAUAUAUAUAUAUUUUUUUCCCCUUGGUUUGAUCACCGCCUGUUUUACACAACCAGAUUUGUUAACUUAAGGCUUGGGAGAAAUGUAUAUAGGUGUAUAUCAAGUUCAAGUCAGUGACUUUGAAUGUUAAUGUUUUUUCUGAUGCGCC